AUGCUUCCUAAAAAAGAAGAAAAAGUGCAGUUACCUAAUUCAAACUUGCCGAAUAUCGCUGGACAUUAUGAUUCACCUGAGAAUCAUUUAUCUAAACAUACUGCAUCUACUGGAUCAUCUCCAUCUAGAACUGGCACUAAAAGCAUAAUUAAAGGAAGGUCCAGUGCAUAUAGUGGUUUAAUCAGCCGAGCAAGGCAAAGUUCUCCUUCUAAUGGCUUAAACCAUCUUACGCCUAUCGAUAUUUCUUCUCCUUCCUGGCCUUCUUCUCUUUCUUCUGCAUCGAGGCAAAAUGUGGUUACUCGUAUUAGUGCUAGUUCAUCCGGUUUGCAGCAAAACUUUCGAAAAAAUUUCGAUUCAAUGAGCCACUUAUCACAGGAAAAUUCGAUUCUUACAGCAAGACCAAGUUACCUUGCCAAACCAACUGGCGUUGUACGUGCUCAUCCUUCCAUUGCUUUGCAAAAAAAGGAGGAUAGAUUAAGCAUUCAAGAGGAGGCUAAAUCAUCGAACAUUUAUGCGUUUUCUGGAAAUGGUUCAUUUUCUCCCAUUAAAGAUGCAUCUCUAUGUCCUGAUUUUGGAAAUGAAAGCAUAUCAUCAGCUAUUGAACAGCCAUAUAAUAAUAAAGUUUCUUUGGAAACUUCUGAACCUGCACAAAAUUCAAAAGGUCCUACUAUUCAAAGACCUUCUGGUAUUGUCCGGCCUCAUCGCUCGCUUCUUUCAUCAGAUUUUGGCCACUUACGAGUGCUAGGAUCAAGAAGAAGUCAUCCACUUCCUUCUCGAACAUCUGAAUUUGAUAUUCUUGCUGGGUCUUUUGAAGCUAAUAAGAAUGAUUUAUAUUCGUCUAAUAGUUAUAAAAAUCGAGUUUGCAAAAGUCCUUCAGAUAAUAGGCAAUUUCAAUGUUCCUCCAAAGAAACCUCGGCUCAAGGAGGACACAAUAUGCUUAAAGCUGAAAUUCUAUCCCCUAAUCAAAACCGGCCUAUGACUCCAGCCGACAAGACUCUUCGAUUCGCAUGCCAGUUAGCUAUGCCGGUUAAAUCAGAAUACACUUCUGUUGUUCCUGAUGCUUGUAAAGAGAACUCUAAGGCUGAUAUGUUACAGCCUGACCCUUUGUUCAUGAAGAAGUGGCGUUCUGCUAGCACAAAAGAAGGGCCCGCAAAACUAUAUUGUGGGCAAAGUUCUUCACAGUUUUUGUCUUCUAUUCCUCCAGGAAUGAGCUUGAGAAAGCGCUCUAUUGAACCACGACAUUCUGGACCCAAAGUUAGUGUAAAUUCUAUAGAAGAAACAAACUUGAGGAAGUCACUUCACCAGAAUUCCAACCCCGCUAGACCAAUGGAAGGUCUCCCUGGCCCAGGCUACACACUGCGAGCACUUGAACAUUAUGCGUCUGACCUAGUUUUCGGAGAGUUGGUUCUUGGAAUGGCUCAGUCAAAUCUUGAUUCGGAAACUGUUCAACAGACCGCUUUGAACUACUCCACUUUUAAUAGACAACUUUUCAGUGGCGUUGAUUUUCCGACUUCCUUUAAUCGAGAGAUCCUGGCUCCAGGUGAGACUGGCGAUAAUGUUUCAAUUUGCGAAUUUGAGAAUUCUGGAAAAAUUUUACCAGCUUCAUCGUUAAAGGCAGUAAAACCGAUAUCCUGCAUGCCAGACGAACUUCACAAUAGUGUGUUAAACCAAGGGAACGAUUUGAUGCCUUCGACAGUAUCAUCCGACGCUCCUGCAGUUCUCAGUGAUGCAGACCAUUCUAUGAUGCAUUUGGCUUCUCCAACCAUUAGAUUGCAUUCUUCUGGCUGUCCCUUACCAGUACUUGUCGGCAUGCCCGCGGUCCAACUCGCCUGGGUUGAUCCUAUGCUUUAUUUAGAGCAACGUCUUGAGCAAAUGCUAGAAGCUUCCACCGCCUCUUCGAAACGGGAUAGCCUCGAAGAGCCCAAGACAGAGAUAUAUCUCAACGAUGAGAAUGAUGUGACUCAUGGACGGUUUCAAACAAUGACCAGAAAGGUCUUACCACAUUCUCUCUCUUGCCCCGUAAGAUCCGUCUGCUCUCGCCCUGGUUCAUGUAUUUUACUCGACCCCUUUCAGCCCAUCUGUGCUACUCAAGGCGUUAUUAGCCCUUCCCUACGUCUGGGUGACGUAGAGGCUCAAGCCUCUGAGUAA